UCUCUGUGGGGGGUAGAAGACUCGAAGUCGAUCCGGAGAAAAGUGUCAGACGAGCUUCGUUGUCUGUUCAUUUAUUUCUACUUCUUGCAAUUGAGCGGGAAUUUGUGAAAUUUUGAUUCUCUGUUCGUUUUUUUUUGGAUUUGAUUGAUUUGGGUUAGGGAUUUAGGAAUCUGAGCGAUGGCGAGUGCGGUGGACGCGACGGGGGACCCGAUUCCGACGUCGUCGGUUCUGACGGCGUUGGCGAAGCACAUAGGGGUCAGGUACAUGCCCGAGAACGUCGCAUUCCUCAAAUGCAAGAAGAAUGACUCUAACCCGGAGAAGUGCCUGGACAAGGGGCGUGACGUCACUCGCUGCGCGCUUGGCCUGCUGAAAGAUCUUCACCAGAAAUGCACGAAGGAGAUGGAUGCGUAUGUGGGUUGCCUGUAUUACUACACCAACGAGUUCGAUUUGUGUCGGAAUGAGCAACUUGCUUUCGAGAAAGCUUGUCCUCUCGACUGAGUUGAACUCGGGUUGCAGCAGCGAAAGAGGAUUGUUACGCCAACAGAGGAAUUUUGGCGGGAGAGAUUAAGGAAACUGAUAACAAAGAGCACUUUGUCAAAGGCCGGUUCCCGAGGCCCCUUAAUGGGCGUAAUAGUGACGCGUUAAUGGGCUUUAUGGCCCAUUUGAUUUUUCAUCUUUACGGCCCAUUUGGUUGAAUUACAAAAUUAUGGACGUAUAACUCAUUUUUUGUAUUUAUUUGAAAUAUUCUCUAAUUUGUGUCAUCUAUUCUAUUA